AUGCAUGAAGCUAAAGAUAUCAUCGCAUCAACACCAUGUGGAAGCGUCUCUGGUUUACAAGGGGAAUUCUCGAUAGCCCCAAAGUCCAAUGCCAAUACAAUCUUACCGAGCACGUUGGAGACACUGCCGGUAUCACUUGCAGAUACUUACGGCUAUCCUGAAAACAGCAGAACCAAUGCCAUGGGACUGAUUCAAAACCUAACCAAACCUCCUUUUCAGUAUCACCCAAGCAAAAGUGACACAACGAUACCAUCCGAUAAAACAGGUAUCUUCAAUGACGCAAUAGAACAAAUGCCGACUCGCGAGAUACUUGAUAUCUUGAUACAAUUCUUCAUUGCCGAGGUGAACUGGACGAGCCAGCUUAUAUACCCUCCUAGCUUCCUGGCUCAGUACCAACGUUGGUGGGUCAGGGCGGCGGAUCUCAGAUAUCCGAACGCCAGCCCCAGCGUUGCCGACUUGGAAUUCGCUGCCCUUAUCUUGAGUGUGGCUGCUCUAGCCAGUCAGUUCAUGCCAUCUCACUACAAAUCAAAGGAAUCAGUCUGCCAUACAUCUUUCGAUUUGGUCAGAGACACAUGCAUCCAGGUGGGCGACCGACUCGCCAUACUAGCAGCCUCAAUCAGCCCACGAGGUUCUCUGCUUCGUGUUCAGAGAAUGUGCUUCACUGGGCUGAGCAUGUCUUGUGAAGGGAAAAUGACCGAAUCUUGGGCAUUGCUCGACCGUGCCGUGCGAAUGACACAUGAACUUGGAUAUCACCAAGUAUCACAAACCUCAACAGAGCCUGGCAUGGACGAAAUUGAAUGGGAAAUGCGGCGGAGGGUAUAUUGUAAUCUCUACAUCUGGGAUGGCAUCCUGUCUCGAGAGAUGGACCGAGAGCCACUGCUGGCACAAACGCCCCGUGGAAGCGAGAUACCAAGGAUGAGUCUGACUCCAGGCGCGGAUCAGCAGGACUUUGGCGUUCCAGAUCUGUUCACGGAGCGUAUUCUUCAACUUCAUCUAGGCGCAUUCUGGAAACGGCACAGAUGCAAGUCGUCAUCCGAUGAAGUUUACGAGCCACUUGUAGCCGAGGAAAGACUAGAAGUCUUUCAAAAAGAGUUUCUUAGCAACGUCCCGGCCACGUUUGCCUUGGAUGCCCCUGAUCGACAAUGGGAUGAGCAAAUGCGGUGGUUGCCAUUGCAGCGACAAUUAUUUCGAACCACGGUGUACGAGUCCAUUUGUCAAAAUUUCCGACCACUCCUUCUUCUGCAUCCAGAAGAUUUAGGGCGCUUGCCUGCAUACAAGCAGGUGCUCAUUGAGACGCAACGUCGAGUGCUCGCCCGCGCAGCGCUGGACAUGCUCCAGGCAAUUUCGACGCUCUAUAACAUGCUGGAACCAUUACAAAGACGAUCAAUUGCCGUCAUUGUCCCCAUAUUCGAGGCCUCUGUGCUUUUGUCUUGUCUAUGUAUACAAGGGGCUCAGAGUGCGGAGAGCAGAGGUUUCAUCGACGGAUUGGACAGAGCCUCUGUAUAUGAAUCGAGUUUCGGCAAGCGGAGGGACGUGAGCAGGGACUGUUGUCUUCGGGCAGCACACGGUGGUCUACUUCGUCUGAAAUCGUUGGCCAAAGUCAGCAUCGUCGCGGAGACUGGGGCAGCGAACUUGUCACAAUUUCUCGAGCAGGUCGACAACUUGACCACAGCAGACGAUACGGCGCCCGACGGACAGAUGUUGGGCCACAUUAGUACGAAUUUGGAUUUCCAGCCGUACGAAAUUGGUGAUGUGGUUGGCAAGACGGCGGCUUAUGAUAUCCCCAACCUGUUUUCUGACGACUUUUUGCAGUCGGGCAGUUUCAGUGAUAGUUUUGAGAAUGCCGAUUGUGCUGAGCACUUUCAGAUACCCGACCUGUUGGGCGACAAGGUCUAA